GUGAUGCUGGCUGGUGUGGGAAGGCAAAUGAUGGAUGAAGACAUGAAGUUAAGCAAUUGAAUCCAUUGUCACCUGGGCAGUACCCGCUGCUGUGAAUUUGACAUGCUCGAAACUGAAUCCAGUAGGUUAUUCCAAAAUCAGAGAGCGCGAAAGAGAAGAAUCAAUAACUAAGUAAGGAUCAAUCAGCAGAAAAGUCUCGCUGGCAGUCGAGCAAUGACGGCAGGAGCUUUUCUUCUCUCCUACUAUCACUCUCCUCCGGAGCGGCACUGCUCAACCGAGUCAACAUCUACCAAGAGAAGGUUAAGCUAUCGCUCUCACAAUUACGAUGUUACUGCUGCCACAAGUGUUCAGUUCGAGUUCGGGGCUCCGUUUUCAAUGGAGCGGUGCAUUAGACGACGAUUGAUCAGGAGGACGGGCUGGACGGUAUGGGCGGAUGUCAAGUCGAAAGAGUUUGACAUUGCGGACUCGGAGCAGGAAUCCGUCAACAGUAAGGGUGCUUUAGGCGAAGGCAUUUGGACGGACGGUGAUGGAGACAGCACAUUGGGAUUCCCCAAGCGUUGGGUUAUUGUGCUGCUGUGUUUCUCAGCCUUUCUACUCUGCAAUAUGGAUAGAGUAAACAUGAGCAUAGCCAUACUCCCAAUGGCAGCAGAAUUUCAUUGGAGUCCUACAACUGUUGGUUUGAUUCAAUCUUCCUUUUUUUGGGGCUAUCUCUUAACGCAGAUUGCAGGGGGUAUAUGGGCUGACACUGUUGGUGGCAAGUUUGUCUUAGGAUUUGGUGUAGUAUGGUGGUCUAUAGCUACAGUUCUCACGCCAAUCGCAGCAAAUCUUGGGUUACCUUUCUUACUUGUUGUCCGAGCUUUCAUGGGGAUUGGUGAGGGUGUUGCCAUGCCAGCGAUGAGUAAUCUGCUUUCAAAGUGGGUUCCAGUCUCAGAAAGAAGCAGAUCAUUGGCCCUAGUGUACAGUGGAAUGUAUCUUGGAUCUGUAACUGGCCUGGCAUUUUCACCAAUGUUAAUCCAUAAGUUUGGCUGGCCUUCUGUCUUCUUUUCCUUUGGUUCUUUAGGCACUGUUUGGUUUGCUCUGUGGCAUAAGAUGUCACACAAUUCCCCUCUCGAAGAUCCUGGUUUGCUGCCUUCAGAAAGGAAGCUCAUUCUAAGCAACAGCAUUUCCAAAGAACCUGUAAAAUCUAUUCCAUGGAAACUAAUUUUGUCAAAACCACCUGUUUGGGCCUUGAUAGUGUCUCACUUCUGCCACAAUUGGGGAACUUUUAUUAUUCUUACAUGGAUGCCUACAUAUUAUCACCAGCAAAAGCAGUUUCCUUUGUGGUUAUUGGGUAUGAAACUGAACUGCUAUCAAAUUUUAAUGGUCUUGAAAUUUAACCUUACUGAAUCAGGAACUUGUGCCAUUUUGCCAUGGCUUACCAUGGCAGUCUCUGCAAAUGUCGGAGGAUGGAUUGCAGAUUCAUUGGUGAGGAAAGGUGUAUCAGUGACUGUAGUGAGGAAGACAAUGCAGAGUAUUGGGUUUCUUGGCCCUGCUUUCUUUCUAACUCAGCUGAGUCAUGCUGAAACUCCUGCAAUGGCAAUUCUGUGCAUGUCAUGCAGUCAGGGAAGUGAUGCUUUCUCACAGUCCGGCUUAUAUUCAAACCAUCAGGAUAUUGGUCCUCGGUACUCAGGGGUACUUCUAGGACUAUCAAAUACAGCUGGAGUGCUAGCUGGUGUUUUUGGAACUGCAGCUACUGGAUACAUCCUGCAACAUGGUUCUUGGGAUGAUGUUUUUAAGGUUUCAGUGGGGCUUUACUUGGUUGGAACUGUGGUAUGGAAUCUCUUUUCAACUGGAGAGAAGAUUUUGGAUUGAAUCUCAUUUCAGUAGUGGAUCCAGUUCAUACUUUGGUCAUGAACAUGGGCAUGGGCAAGUCUAGAGAUUCAUUUGAUUGCACAAAAAAUUGUGUAGAUUUGAAUUUGGGUCAAUUGAUGUGUCAAUUUCCACGAUACCACCAACCAGUUUUAUCCAUUGAUUCACCAGUUCAGUAGAAGGAAGAACGACUGUCAAAAGAAUAUAACAUCUGAGACACAUUGUUGUAUAUAUAGUAUGUGAAGUGACUUCGAUGAAAACGUGGCAAAAAUCAUCUUUGACCUUUCCAUUGUUAAACCCGCAUUGUAUAAAUAAGGAACUCCGGGUUUUAUUCUGGGGAUCUGCUCCACAUGUUAACCUUAGGGGGUGUUGGGGUUGAUGAUGUAGAUUAUCAUUGUAAUGUUAAAUUGGUAAUAUCAUUUUACCUUUUUUUUCGUUUAAGUUUUAAGAUAUCUAGAUGAAUGUAAUCUGAGAUUCAGCUUUUACCUAGUUUGGUUUGGUUUUCAAAUAAUUAGGGUAUUUUGUAUUUCUUUUGAAGUAGACAAAAUAUUACUCCCUCCGUUCCAUUUU